UGUCGUUUAUUUCUCUCUCCUCCUUUAUUGGAUUACAAUGCAAAACAAAUCCAACCAAACCAAAGCUUUUGAAGAAAACAAAGAAAGUAACUAACCAAACAGUAACACUUUGAUUCAGCAAUGAAAUCUGUAGAAGAAGCAGAACAACAACAACAACAACAACCAUUGUUACUGAACACUACAAAAGUUGUUGAAUAUUUAGAACCAUUCAUGUCACUAGAGCUUCUCUGCAAAUUCCCAGAUAACUCUGCUUAUGAUUUUGACUACUCUCAAAGCACAAUCUGGUCCCCUUUGGUUCCAAGACCCUACUCUCCCAUGGAUUUGGAUCUCAUUACUCCAAAGAAACUUUCCUAUGACAUUGCCUUAGGAGCUAGAUGCAGUGUCAACAAGGUUGGUUCUAAGCUUAGGAAGAAGUUCACUUCUAAUUCCUUCAAUCUCAAAUUUGGUUUCAUUAAGAACAAGAAGAUUGCUUCUGAUUUCUCUCCAACACCUUCAAGGAUCAAAUGUGCUUGUAACCCCAUCAUCAAUAAUAAGAGAUGGGGCAGGGCAUUGAAAGCUGCUUCAAAACAGUUCAAGAAAUGGAAGGUGAAGAGAGACCCCAUUGCUCAUGUGAUGCUACCAAUGUCUUUCAAAGAUGGAGAUUUUUAAAUAUUGUAAUAUUGGUAUUCGAUCAAUAACCAAAGCACUCUGUCUAUUCCCACGUUUAUCUCUUUUUGUUGUUAAGUUCAAGUAUAUGUAUGAGAAUAUUGAAAACGU